AUUGUAGUGAAGUAUUUUCGUAAUAGUCAAUGCCUUGGGCUGUUGCUAGUUAUUUUUUUCUCAAAUUCUCAAGUAAGCCCAACAAACGAAAAUCUCCUCAGAGAUCUGAAAUGACCCACUGACGUUCUGACGUUCGCUGUCAGUUUACUACCUAUAACAAAAAAUGAAGUUGCCCGAUAUACUGGUAGUGUGCUUACUCUUCCUCUUAUACGAAAUCGCACCAGAAGAAUACGAUGUCACCGAAAAUAACUUUGAUUCCUGGAUUAAAGAACAGAGAAUUGUCUUUGUCAUGUUUUUCAUUUCUUGGUCAGAAGAAUAUAAAUUGAUGUAUGCAGAGUACCAGAAAUCAAGCGCCAUUUUGGACAGAAACAACUCCAUAUUGACCCUUCUGAAAGUCAACUGCUCUGCACCAGAGUGCGAAGAGACUUGCCUGAGAUUCAGAGUAAACGAAAAUACAAUACUGAAGGUUUUCCGAUACGGUGAGUAUUCUGAAACUUACAGGGGUAGGGCAACAGCCCUGGAUAUCGCCAAAUUUCUACAGUCCCACCUCAAUCCGGCUUCAACGGAACUUGAAACGACUAACGACCUGAAUGACUUCCUGUAUGCUGAAAACAAAACUGCGGUGGUGGGAAUGUUCAAUGGAGAAUCGGCUUUGAAAUUAGCUUUCUUGAACGUCGCCGACAGAUACAGGAACAAAGUCAGAUACGCUCACACGAAAUCAGCAGAUAUUCGGAAGGUUCUGGAAGUCAAUAACGACAUCUUGAUGUUUCGACCACUCUACCUCCACAACAAAUACGAACCUAGUAUCUUGCAAUACACCGGGGAGGCAGAUCCAACAACUAUCAAGCAAUUCAUCAAGGAAUACCCUCACGGGCUUGUUGGGAGAAGGACCCAGGACAACGUUGAAGACUUCGAAUAUCCAUUGGUCGUGGUCUACUUCGACAUAGACUUCGAAACCUUUCCGCAAACUACGCAGUACUGGAGGAAUAGAAUCUUGAAAGUUGCUGACAUGUUCAGAGAGAACGUGACGUUCGCUAUGAGCAACGCUGAAGACUUCCAGGAAGAACUGGCCGAUCUUGAUUACCUCGACAAGCCUGUGGUGAUAGCAAAAGACGGUACAACGAAUAAGUACGUGCUUGUGGGAGAAUUUUCCUCAUACAACUUCGAGAAUUUUGUCGGGGACUUCCUUGGGAACAGUUUGAAGCCUUUCUUUUCGAAAACGGAGCCUAUUCCCGCAUUUAACAACGAAUCGGUGAAAAUUGCAGUGGCACAGAACUUCAAAUCAUUGGUGGUUGAUAGCGAAAAGGACACUAUAAUUAGCUUCCAUUCCAAAUGGUGUACUCUUUGCAAGAAAUUGGCUUCCUUAUACGUAAGCCUGGCAAAAUCAUUUAGCAGCGAAGACAUCGUAUUCGUGGCAAUGGACGCUUACAAGAACGAUGUUCCUGAGGAGUACAAAGUCGAAGAGCUUUAUACUCCAACCAUGUACUGGGCCCCCAUUGGGUCUAAGCAGAAGCCAUUCCGGUACAGGGGUAAACUAGAGAAAAAAGAUUUGAUCAGAUUCAUUGCCAAGUAUGCCACCUAUGAAUUGAAAGGGUACGAUAGGGAAGGUAAACCAAAGAAGGUGGUUAGGACGGAAUUGUGACCAAUGACGAGGAAGCUUUGUAUUUAAUUUCUUUGCAUUGAUGAUCAAUGGGUGUUAUUGAUCCUGACAUUUUCAUUUCAAAAUAUAAAAUCAUACGUUCUAUGUA